UUCCGGUUCCGCUAGGCGCUGCUGCCGGCUCGGUGCGAGUGCUCCGCUGCCUGAACACCCGCCGUGCGGCGACCCGAGCGGAGGAGGAUGAGCUUCGAGCACCGCAGGGACUGGAGCCGCGGCGGAGGAGGGGGCCCCCGGCCUUCCUCCUCCUCCUCCGCGGGGGGACACGAAGGCCGAGGGGGCCGGGGGCGGCAUCCCAGUCACCUCAAGGGCCGCGACAUCGGGCUGUGGUACGCGCGGAAGCAGAGCCAGAAAAGCAAAGAGCCCGACAGGCAGCAGAGAGCCGUUGUGCGUAUGGAUGAACACAGGGAAGAACAGAUUGUACAGUUGCUGAAUACUGUCCAGACUAGAAAUGAAAAAGAACAAGAAUCUGUGUCAUGGUGGUCCGGUGAGGAAGAAGGUCAAGAGGUACCUGUAGAGAAACCUACCUUGGCGAAGACUUCUGUAAAGCGGAGACCAAUUUUGGAGAAAACUUUCCUAGAUCGAGAUUCAGAAUAUCUCUUUCAAGAAAGUGAGCCGGAUAUUGAUUUGAAUGAGAAAUUUAGAGAAGAGUUAAGAAAGAAGAAAUUUGAUCCUAGAUACAUUGAAAUGCAGAGAUUCCGAGAGAAACUUCCUUCAUAUGGGAUAAGAAGGGAGCUGGUAACUGUGAUAAAUAAUAAUCAGGUGACUGUGAUCAGUGGUGAGACUGGUUGUGGAAAGACUACACAAGUUACUCAGUUCAUUCUGGAUGACUAUAUAGAGAGAGGGAAAGGAUCUGCUUGCAGAAUUGUAUGUACCCAACCUAGGAGGAUCAGUGCUAUCUCAGUGGCAGAGAGAGUUGCAGCUGAAAGGGCAGAAGUGUGUGGUAAUGGCAAGAGUACAGGAUACCAGAUUCGUCUCCAGAGUCGGUUACCAAGGAAACAAGGUUCCAUUCUGUACUGUACAACAGGAAUCGUCCUACAGUGGCUCCAGUCAGACAAGCAAUUGUCCAGUGUUAGUCAUGUUAUUCUUGAUGAAAUCCAUGAAAGAAAUCUUCAAUCAGAUGUCUUAAUGACUAUUAUUAAAGAUCUUCUAAAUGUUCGACCAGAUCUGAAAGUAAUACUGAUGAGUGCUACUUUGAAUGCUGAGAAAUUUUCAGAAUAUUUUGACAAUUGUCCCAUGAUCCAUAUACCUGGAUUCACUUUCCCUGUUAUGGAAUAUCUUUUGGAAGAUGUAAUUGAAAAGUUAAGAUAUACUCCAGAAGAUACAGAUUACAGACCACGGCGGAAGAAGGGCUUUAUGCAAGGACAGAUAAGCAGACCAGAAAAGGAGGAGAAAGAAGAAAUCUAUAAAGAGCGAUGGCCAGAUUAUCUAAGGCAGCUGCGAGGAAGGUAUUCAGCAGGUACUAUAGAUGCGUUAGAAAUGAUGGAUGAUGACAAGAUUGAUCUUGACCUUAUAGCUGCACUUAUCAGACAUAUUGUCCUGGAGGAGGAGGAUGGUGCAAUACUGGUGUUUCUCCCAGGCUGGGACAAUAUUAGCACUUUACAUGACCUCUUGAUGUCACAAGUCAUGUUUAAGUCAGAUAGGUUCAUUAUUAUACCUCUGCAUUCACUGAUGCCUACUGUUAACCAGACACAGGUUUUUAAAAAGACCCCUCCUGGAGUACGGAAAAUUGUAAUUGCUACCAACAUUGCAGAGACUAGCAUUACCAUCGAUGAUGUGGUAUACGUUAUAGAUGGAGGAAAAAUAAAAGAAACUCACUUUGAUACGCAGAACAACAUUAGCACAAUGGCAGCAGAAUGGGUUAGUAAAGCUAAUGCCAAACAAAGGAAAGGUCGAGCAGGAAGAGUCCAGCCGGGUCACUGUUAUCAUCUAUAUAAUGGUCUCCGUGCCAGCCUACUGGAUGAUUAUCAAUUACCAGAAAUCCUAAGGACACCUUUGGAAGAACUUUGUUUACAAAUCAAGAUUCUAAGGCUUGGUGGAAUUGCUUAUUUUCUGAGUAGGCUAAUGGAUCCACCAUCUCGUGAAGCUGUGAUGUUGUCCAUAAAUCAUCUAAUGGAACUGAAUGCUUUGGAUAGACAAGAAGAACUGACUCCAUUAGGUGUCCACUUGGCACGAUUGCCAGUUGAGCCACAUAUUGGAAAAAUGAUCCUUUUUGGAGCUUUAUUCUGUUGCUUAGAUCCAGUACUCACAAUUGCAGCCAGCCUCAGCUUCAAGGACCCCUUUGUGAUUCCACUGGGCAAAGAGAAAGUAGCAGAUGCAAGAAGAAAAGAAUUAUCAAAGAAUACUAAAAGUGACCAUCUAACUAUUGUGAAUGCUUUUGCGGGCUGGGAAGAGGUCCGGCAACGUGGUUUCAGAAAUGAAAAGGACUAUUGCUGGGAGUAUUUUCUCUCUUCAAAUACACUUCAGAUGCUGCUUAACAUGAAAGGACAGUUUGCUGAACAUCUCCUUGCAGCUGGGUUUGUGAGUAGCAAAAACCCCCGAGAUCCCAAAUCUAAUACCAACUCAGAUAAUGAGAAGUUACUCAAAGCAGUCAUCUGUGCUGGUUUAUAUCCAAAAGUUGCAAAGAUCCGUAAAAGCUUUAGCAAAAAGAGAAAAAUGGUGAAAGUUUGCACCAAGACAGAUGGAACAGUUAACAUUCAUCCUAAAUCUGUUAACGUGGAAGAGACAGAAUUCCAUUAUAACUGGCUUGUGUAUCAUUUGAAGAUGAGAACUAGCAGUAUUUACCUGUAUGAUUGUACAGAGGUCUCUCCAUACUGUCUUUUGUUCUUCGGAGGAGAUAUUUCCAUCCAAAAGGAUAAAGAUCAGGAUACCAUUGCAGUGGAUGACUGGAUUGUCUUUGAGUCUCCAGCAAGGAUAGGAAAUCUAGUUAAGGAUUUAAGAGGAGAACUGGAUGACCUUCUACAAGAAAAAAUUGAAAACCCACACCCUGUGGACUGGAAUGACACUAAAUCCAGGGACACUGCAGUGCUGACAGCCAUUAUAGACCUAAUCACAACACAGGAGAAUGAAAGUCCCAGAAACUAUGCCUCUCGAUUUCAGAAUGAACGUUACAGUUGACACUUAUGUUGGUGUUUGAGAAGAUGACACUUCACUAGUUUCCUUUUUAUUUUAUAGCUUUUUGUCUAGCUAGAUGAAAGACUUUUUAGGGCAACUCAGUAAUUCCACUCGUAUUGAAGAGCAGUUAAUUUCAGUAGUUUAUAAUGGCUGUAGAUGCAUGGCAUCCAAUGUUUAAUGCAGCUUUUUAAAUAUGACAGUGCAAUGCUGUUGGUGUCCAUUAGUGUAUGUGGUUUAUUUUGUCCUGUCUAUACUUGGCUUCUUUAUAACUGUAACUCUUUCAAGGAAAAGGUCUGUAAAAUUCAAAAUAGUGUUUAUAUUGUACUAUCUAAUUCAUCAGAUGUCCUGCUGUCCAUGGAAAAUGUCGCAUUAAGGUUUUUUGAGGGAAAGUAAUCAGGUAUAGUAGUUGUCAAAAGGGGUUCAAACCAAGCAGCAUCUUUCUUUCAAAACUUUCAACUGAAAGUAACUAUUUUCAUAUUUAAAUAUAAACUACGUUCAAUUUCUAGGCAAAGCAGCUGUUAAAGUGUACAGUGGGUAAAAAUCAAAAUAAUCUUGAUCCCAGUUAUUCCAUCACUCUUGCUUUUCCUUUUUGUACCCAGUGAUCAGUAUUGGCUGAAAUUUCAGAGUAAGGCAGUGCCUUAUCAUAGAUAAAAAUCAUGGCAGGAAUAAGCUGUGCAGGAUUAGUUACAUUCUAAAUUUUCCUUUAGAAAAUAGAGUAAACUUUUUUUUUGCUAAAACUACACUUGUUAUAUUACUAGUUGUGUAUCAUGUUUGAAUGCAAUAUGCUAUUUGAAAUUCCUUUUGUGAAUCCUCCCUUAAGUGAUGACAUAUUUGCCUUCUUUAGGAUUUAGCACAUCCUCACAUGUUGGGUUAGAGAAUUCCAAGCCUUACCUUGAAGAAAAUUGACCUAAAACAGUGUAUCAGUCUUUAGUCUCAGUUUAUUUUUUAAAAAUGCAAAUCCUAGACAACAUAUCCUUACCUAGUGAAAUGUAAGGAUUUGCAUUAACUCUAACAUGACAGAUAAACAUGUCUAGCUUUUUGUAUUGUUGCCAUCAUGAAAGAAAUCUAACUUAUUGGAAGCCUUACUCUUUCCACUUACACUACAUAUAAAAAGUGCUCAUAUUAAACUCCAGGUGCCCUGACAUCCAUUAAAAAGUAUGCAUUACAACAAUUAGCUCGCCACAAUAGAUACACAAGGAAGACUUAAAAAAAGGGGUAGGUGGAGGGGAAAGGAGAGUGUCUGCUCUCACUACUCAAUCUCACAAAUCACCCCUCUGCUGCUUGGAACACUCCCUGAAGGUUGAUAAACUGGGCCCACAGACCAGUGGAAGGAGGGAACUGCAGAGAAUGCCCUGCCAGCUUCCCUCCUCUCAUAACAACACUGGUGCUCAACCUCAAGUGCCUCUCCCUGCAGGUUUGUGCUGGUGGUUAAAACUUCAAGGAGAGAUGUGGGAGUUUGAAGUUCUCUACUUACUGAUCCAUUAGAAAAAUGCAACACUAGGAAAAUAAGUUACAGAUCCAGAUAAAACAAAUAUAUACGUUCCCAGCCCAGGUAUCCACUAAAUCCUACUUUUAAGAGUAUCAAGAGCUGCUCUGCUUUGGGGAAUACAUGGUGGAUUCUUCUGGCCACUAGUUUUGUUUCAUCCCACAUGCACAGUGGCAUUUGGUUUCCAGGUCAGUGGUCUUUAUGUUUAGAAAAAAAUUCUUUAGCUCCUGGCCAACUGGAAACUUGUUUGAAAGCUAAUGCAUUCAUUGCAAGAUUUAAAGAACAGCAUGGUAUUCUGAUUGUAUUCCUCGACUACAAAUAGAGAGAGAGCAUCAGUCUCCAGCCACAUAAAUUGUACAAUGUGGAAAUUCAGUGUUUAUGAACAAAUGCACAAAACCUAUUUUUUCCCCCAUUUACUACUUUCUCUGUAAUCUACUCAAGUUGCAUCCAAUGUCACUUGCUGAAUGUAGCAUUCUGCAAGUAUUUCUAGGCUGUUCCACUAGUAUAGCUGAGAAUGUAAGAUGAAAAAAAUCCCUACUUUGAAGGUUUGCAUGUAGCAUUAUUCUUAUAUCUGAAUUACUGUUUUCCCAUGCAUUUGAUUUACGUUAAAAUUGCCAUUUCAUUUUACUUGGUCAGAUGUACAUUUCAAUGUAUUGUACACUGAAUCAGUUAUUCACUGAGAUGGUACACACUAAUAUAUACCACAAACAUAUUUUAAAAUCUUAAAUUGCUUGAUGAAUUUCUGAAUCUAACUCUUUCCCACAUUCUCAGCCAUUCCUGCCUACUCUGGGUUGCAUUUUGCUAGGGCAAACAAAAGAUUCUGUUUCACAAAAAAAUUCAAAGUUUGUUGGAAACUGUUUUCUUUCUCUUGGAACAAAAAUGAGAACUUCUUUUAAUUUUUUUAUUUUUGUGAAAAUCACAAGAGACCUCAGUAACUAGGGCCCUCACCUAGGAUGUGUGAGACACUUUCAAAUCCCUGUUCUGCCUAACACGGAGGAGGGACUUGAAGCGGGGUGUUUCACAUCCCACAUGAGUACCCUAACCACUCAGCUAUGGGCUAGUCUGCAGCCUCUCUCUGGCUUUCACCAGAAUUUCCACGCUGGACCUGAGAAUUUUCCCUGAUGCAAGUUCUUCCAAACUGACACUUUUCCACAAAAUUUCUGUUUUGACUAAUCAGCAUUUUUAGACAGGUUUUUUUGUCAAAAAUUUCAACCAGUGCUACGCUUUGCAUGUCCUCUGUUAAAUCUCAUAUAGUUUCCCUUGAAGCACUGUUCACUGGAGGGAUUCUUUCAACUGGACCCAUUCACAUAUUCCACCAAUGGCAUGCCUGCCAUGGCAGACCCUGUGGUUAUAUUCUUAACACAUGCUAGAUAUUUCUAUCUUUUCUAGAUAACUUUGGAGAUCAGUUGUUGAACUUCCUGGUGAAUCUUAGCAUUUGUUAUACAUUCAUUCCUUUUCAUAUCUACUAUCUUCUCAAGGAAUUUGACAUCUGUCCAUGCCUUUGGUGUAUUUCUAGUUUUCACAUCCAUAUGUUAAAGUAGAAAUAAAAUAUGUUUUGUCUUUAAACUGUAGAUUUUGAUGACCAAAUCUUGUUUAAUCAUGUGAAUUCAGCUGUCAUCUUGCCAAGUUGUGACAUUCUUUCCUUCUGGAUAUCCCCAUGGACUUGCAUGUGACUGCCAAGGUGUACGAAUUGCUUUCCUUUGCCUUCUAACGUACUGUUUGAGUGGACAGUUACUGAAAUUCUUGUUAAUUUUCUUUUUCAUAAUUUCAUAUUUUGCAAUACAGGAGUGUUUUUUGCUAUUUGCUUGUAUGUUGGUUGACCUGUCACUUAGAGCUACGUUGUCAGCAAAAUCAAAAUCUCCUAGUCUACUGUUAAGUUAUGUGAUGCCUGUAUUGUUUCUGUCUAGUCUAUUUCUCAUAAUAAAGUCAAUGGUAAUACCAAACA